ACCCCCAAUGAAUGGCUUGUCGGUCAGCAGCGACGUUGCUACAGCCCUAGUAGAGGAUCGAUGGAUGGGACUUACGACCUUCGACCACCACCGCCCGCCGCUCGUGACGGCACCAGCAGCAGCAUCCGGGCAGCCACGCAGAAGACAAUGUUGUCCAGAGCGCUGCAGAAGGCCAAUACCGCCGUCCUGCUCGACAAUGCCACCAACUACGAGGGCGCUAUCGAUGCUUACACCGACGCCUGCGGUCUCCUCGCGCAGGUCAUGCAGCGGGCUGGUGCCGACGAGGAGAAACACAAACUAGACGAUAUCGCUGGCGGAAAGGCCCUGCCGGAGAGACCGCCGAGCGGUGAAUCGCUAUCCCAGAGCAUCCUCUCAACCCAUAUCACAGACGGCGAUGCAGACGAUCAGGAUAUCUAUUUCAUUGGCACCGCCACUGCCACCCAGAUACUCGCCAAAUCUCCCGCCACUGAAUCGCAGAAUGAACGCUACAUUCCGCCCCGGCAACAGUCCCUGCAUCCGUCUGGAGACGGUAGCACCCACGACACGGACAAUACAAGCAGUACGAACAUGAACAGCGAACAUCAUCCCUCGGGCAGCUAUCCCAGACCAGACGGUCUCGGUCUCUCAAAUGUUGCGAAUGGGGAUCUGCAGAAUCUCCAGGAAAGAGGCACCGAGUCGACUUCCUGGCUAGACACCAUAGAUGAGUCCGGUGCUUCAUCAAGCUCGUCUAUACGCUCGGCAAACUCUUCUCUCUAUCUACGACGGAAGCAGGAUGCCCACUACAGCAGAGGUACCGAGGCCGAGUUCGAUGCUGCUCUGGACGAGGCUGUCGAGGCCGCUUACGAUGAUGGACUCGAAGUCGUCCCUCGAGAAGAUGAACCUGAUGAUGAUAUCAUGUCGCACGUCCGCCGGAAUAUCGAAUUGGCCAAACAAAAGGUACGAGAGGCUGAGCUAGAGGCUGAAGCCGCCAGCGUCUCCGCCAGGGAGCGAGACCGGAGAAGACCCGAAAUAUCGCCUGACGACAUAGACGUGGGUUCUGGUUCUGACCUCGACCGGAAAGGUUACUCAGACCACGAGGCCGAGGAAGAAGAGCGGAUCCUGGAGGAGAUGAUGGACGAUUUCGAGUUCGAUCUCUCGUCCAAGUCUGCGCUUCCACGGCAAUCAGGCUCCAGCGGCUACUCGAGCAGAACCUGGGGUAGCUCCGUUGCAUCAAGCCGGACCAACACGGGCACCUUGCUUUCCACCCUCACGGAAGAAGAUGAUUUCUCGAUUCCUCCCGGUGGAAUGGCCAAAAAUGUUCUUUCUUAUUCUCAGCCGUUUCAAAAGCUCCCUCCGCCCGUGGGUGCGCCUCCGCCUCCACCGCCUCCACCGCCUCAUCCACCGGUCCAACAGCACCAGCACCAGCAGCAUCAACUACCACCACCACCAGCUCCCACUCGCGCUACACCAACACCGCCUUCACCCUCGGCUAAGGCAACGACAAGCUCUCCAGACACUGCAGAUAUUAUGAUGGCGUCGACAGUCCGGUCGCGAAGGCUGUCGGGCCGUCCAAAGGAGCUAAUAAUAGAGACCGGCUCAGCGCAUGCCCCCUCAAGCGCAGACGGGGCCCGUCAAGUGCCACUACCUCCCUCAAUGCUCCUAGCACAUCCCAUCACCCCGCUACCCUCGAAGACAAGCCAUGGAAAAUCGUCGAGCGAUUUCAAUCUUGAAUCAAUACAGCAACGCCCACACACAGCAAUUGGCUCUCCAGAGUCCCCCGGACCAGAUUCUCCUGCCAUCUCAGCUUUUCCUACUCUUAAUACACACGAGUCGGUCGAUUUUGAUACAUUAUUGACGUCUCCACCGUUAACUUUGAGCAGGCUACACUCUGCGCCAGGGAUAUCUAGAGAACCUACAUACUCGGCUCCUGCUCUGAGUAAAUCCUCGCAGCCCCCUAGCAGUCCCUUCACCACUUCUUUCAUCCCAGAGUUAGGCAAGACCUUUUCUUUGCCUGCUGUGCCACCGCUCAGUUCGGCCGGCCCGUCUAGGCACCUAUUCGACAAUAACAUCCAUUCUCCGCUUACGCCGGGAUCGCCUAACCCCAACGCCCCCGAUGCGCCCAUCCCUCUCGAGCCUUGCCCCCAAUCCUUCCUCCUCCGUCCAUUCUGGCUAAUGAGAUGCCUAUACGAAACGAUCACCCAUCCUCGUGGUGGGUAUCUGACCACUAAACUAUUUAUACCCAGAGACAUAUGGAAAGUGAAAAACGUGCGAAUAAAGGGGCUAGAGGAGAAAAUCUCAAACUGUGAUCUGCUCACGGCAGCCCUACUCAAACUAGCAAAGGUCGACACCAACGAUGCUGAUGCCGUCCUAGAGGAAAUGCAGGCAUUCGAAAACAUCCUGGAUCAGGUGCAGGCCGUAUGGUCUAGGAAACUCGGGAAUGAAGUCGGCGUACAAGGUGCCAUGGCGCUUUUCAAGCUAUCGUCAGAUGAUACCUCUCCGGCGGUAGACUCAUCCUCCAAACCUUCCAGCAGUGGAAGCAAAUCCUAUCUUUCCUCGUGGCGAAAACUCCGAUCAAAGAGCUCCGGUAUAUCAAACACAAGCUCAAGCAGCAUAUCGAGAGAUAACGGAAGGGAAAACUUGACCAUGACAUCGCUGCCGAUGACUGAUACGGUCGCUACGGCUACUCCACGACGAGGCGUCAUCGGACUCAACUGUACUGGGCCAAAUGCAAACUAUAUGAGCGCUCUAGCCAGGCUUUUCGACGCAGCGCAAGUUAUAGUUGGUCUCGAGCUCAGCACUCGGCAUGCGUCUGAAUUUUUCGGAUUCUAUGCCUGCCGGUUCGCCCUGAAUGAUAUCGGCCUCAUGAUCGAUAAGUUCAUCAAACGAGGCAGCGAAUAUGUCAUGGCUUGA